CGACUACACCGAGCAUCUUGUUUCCUCUGAUCGUAAAAAAAAGAGAGGAAGGAGGAGGCACGGAGGGGGGGGAGCUUCAACAACGCGGCAUAUGCGGGAGGAUGCACGGUGGUGCAUCCGUGGGGUAGAGAGGAAAGCGGUCAUAUGAUGUAGGGCUUCUCACGGAUCAACACCCAAAGCUUGCUGCUGCUGUUGUUGUGUGAUCAGGAAGGAAAACGAAGGCUGCUGCGGUCAGAAGGUGUUAAUAAGACGAAGCGACAGUACGAAUAAUUAGCCAGGAGCUAUUGUACAUUUUGAUACGAUGCGUAAGCUGAACAAUGUAGCCCGGUGUAUAUGUUGCGUAAGCUCGGGUGGCAUUGUGUGGCUGUAGUCGUGUAGUCUGGGUUUUAGGGGUUUUUGUUGUUGUAAAGGACGCACGGGCUGUGUGCUAGGAGUUUACGUCCUGCAGGCCAGUCAGCCGAAACGUCGAUAUCUAAUUUUUUUUAUCAGUGACCGUAACACACACAGAACAAUCCAACCGUGUUAUUAUUGUAUAAUUCACAUCGGAUUACAGUCCAAGCAAGGUACUGGGGCGACUGACCUUCAACAACAAGCCUGAGCCUGGACCAUGAUGAAGACUGUGGAGGCUGGUGGCAGCCGGGAGAGGACUCCACUGAGGAGCGCUUCCCCUCACCGCAACGCCUACCAGACCGAGUUCCAGGCCAUCAAGCGCACCUUUGACCGCACGACCAGCCGUGAUGGCAAUGGCGGCGAUGAGGCCGCGGGCCACCAUGGGCCGGGCCAGCAGCAUCGGGGCCGAAAAUACGGGGCCCACGUCAGCCGCAUCAAGAGCAUGUUCCUGGCCAUGCAGAGUGUGGACGGAGGCAGCCUGGAUGGGGAGGGACCCCCUCCGCCAGGGUCAAGCGCCACGGCCCGCGGUGGCGAUAGCGUCCCCGUCUCGGUGAAAGCCAAGGCCAGGGCCUUUAUCGCACCGCCACCCUCCCCGACGAGGGCCUAUGCGAGGGCGAGCGCGAGGGGCGGCGGUGAAGGUGGAGAGCGCGGAGGAGGCACGGAACGAGGAGUGCGAGGAGGCGGGGAACGAGGAGAGCGAGGAGGCGGAGAACGAGGAGAACGAGGAGAGCGAGGAGGCGGAGAACGAGGAGAGCGUGGAGGAGAACGAGGAGAGCGUGGAGGAGGAGGAGGAGAACGAGGAGAGCGUGGAGGAGGAGGCGUUGGAGAGCAUGGAGGAGGUGGAGGAGGAGGUGAGGAGCGUGGGGACUCUCCGGGCAGGAGGGAGGGCCGUGUCAGGGAAAGGGUGAGUCGCAUGAGUGGGAAGCCGGUGUCGCGCGAGGGCGGCGCGGCCAGCAUCUCGGAGCGCAUUACUGAGGCUCGCAAGAUCUUCGACCGGACCCUGCAGCGGCAAGACACGGGGGCCACGGCAAGGUCGGCCCUCACCACCGCCGCCUUCCCAUCCCCUCUCAAGGAGCGCAAGGGCUCCAAGGAUAGCAUCCUGUCGGACCUUCGGGGUGGCGGUGGCAGCUGUAAAGGCAGCACCGAAUCGCUGGACAGCCUUCUCACCAGCCCCUGUGCCGAUGCGGUGUCGCCCACCGUCAGCCAGCUGGCCGCCGUCUUCGAGCCAGGCAGCGCGGCGUUGGCCAAGCGGGAAGAGGAGGCUUCCAAACUCGUUGAUGACAAGUCUGCUGCAUCUGUCUUGGACGGCCUGCCGGAAAAGUUGCAGAACAGCGAUGCUGGAGGUGGGCUCGCCAGUGACGAGAUGGCUCCGAACGGGGUGCAGGUGCAGCUUGCAUCGGAGCUUGUAAAUAAAGUCGGGUCACCGUCAAAAAACGUGCAGAUCAAGGUGGACUCUCCCAAACGUGCUCGGGUACUUGAGUCCAUCAAUGACAGCGGCUCUCAUUCAGAAGAGGCGGAGAAUUCAGUUCAGUGUGGCGUUCUGGCGCAGCCCAUAAUCGCAAACUGCACUGAGGCCGUGUGUGUGAACUCGGUGGACGAAGACGCUAAGGGAGACGCUGGUGAUAUGAAAACAGUGAUUUUAUUGGGGGGCGACCUGACGAGCGAGAGCAACAUCGACGACGACGACGACGACGUCGUUCCGCCAGAUUCUAAAUUCUCGCCAGAUGGCAAGGAGCCCCGCAACGCUGAGCCCGAUGGUUCGCUACCGGCGGCGGCGGCGGCGGCCGCCACCGCCAAACGCGAGUCGGAGCCCAAAGUCAUCGAGAACGAGACGUUCGUGGAGGACGGCGAGGAGGCUUUCCCCACCGGAGUCGAUCGCGACGACGCCAAUGACGACGACUUCACCAUCGACGCGGACGACGAUGAUGACGACGACGACUUGCAGGACGCCGGCUAUGAGGUGGACGCCUACUAUUACAUGGAGAUGCCUGGCCUGUCCGACGAGGAGGAGGCGCCACUUGCAAGCAGGAAGAUUCGCUUCAGCACCUCCCCCAUUAAGGUGUUCAGCACCUUCUCCAACGAGGAGUACGACCGGCGCAACGAGGACGUCGACCCCGUGGCGGCGUCGGCCGAGUACGAGCUGGAGAAGCGCGUGGAGCGCAUGGACCUCUUCGAGGUGGAAAUGGAGAAAGGCGACGAUGGCUUGGGGCUGAGCAUCAUCGGCAUGGGGGUGGGAGCAGACGCCGGCCUCGAGAAACUGGGCAUCUUCGUGAAGACAAUCAUGGAGGGCGGAGCAGCGCAGCGCGACGGCAGGAUCAUGGUGAAUGACCAAAUUGUGGAGGUGGAUGGUGUCAGCCUUGUCGGGGUCACUCAGAAUUUCGCCGCCACCGUCCUGAAAAACACACGUGGAAAUGUGCGAUUUCGCAUUGGACGUGAGCGCCCGGGCCAGGAGAGCGAGGUUGCACGGCUCAUCAGCCAGACGCUGGAGCAGGAGCGGCGACAGAGGGAGCUUCUGGAGCAGCAGUACGCCCGCUACCACGACAACGAGGACGAUGAUGACGAAGAGGAGGAGUGGCAGCAACUAGCCUAUGGCUGCUACGACCGAGACAACGGCAACAACAAUAACAACAACAAUAAUCGCAGGGGGAUUCAGACGGGCGAGUACGCGACGGACGAGGACGAAGAGGGUGCGGACGCCGGGAGGUUGGCCAUCGAGGUGUUUGACCUCCCCGAGGGGGACGGCAUGCUGUCGCCCAGCGAGAUGGACACGAGCACGCUCGCCCGCAAGUUCCAGGAGCUGAGGAUCAAACAUGCUGUCACGGAGGCUGAAAUUUCCAAGUUAAAGAAGAAGCUGGCGUACACCGAGGAUGAGAAGGAACGUUGGGAGACCGAGCGACUGCAGUUGCAGCAGAACAUGGAGGAAAACGCCGAGCGCAUGAGCAAGCUCGAGGGCUACUGGCUCGAGGCACAGACGUUGUGCCAGAGCGUGAACGAGCACCUCAAGGAGAGCCAGGCCCAGUACCAGGUGCUGGAGAAGAAGUACAACAAGGCAAAGAAGCUCAUCAAGGAGUACCAGCAAAAGGAAACUGAUUUUGCAAAGCGCGACGAAACGCAGAAUAAAAAGCUUUCGGAAAUGGAAGAGGAGUUUGGGAAAAAAAUACAAACUCUGCAGAGCCGGAUAGUGGAUUUGGAACGUGAGCUGGGGAGGCCCCCAGGUGGAAAUCCCCAGCAGGACCCCGGCAGCAAGGCCGACGUGACGCUCCCACCCUCCCCGUCGCACGAGCCGGAGUCCGCCACGGUCGGUGGCACCAACGGGGAACCAGCAGCGGUGGUGGGGACAGAGUGACGCCCCCCCUCUCCCACCGCCCUCUGGGGGCCGUUGCCUGCCGUGACCUCCGCACACAUCACCCCAAAUCAAUGACGGUGCCCGCCGCGUCCCCGUGACAGCGCUGCGCAGGCAUGAGUGCCGCUAGUUGUGCGACAGCCUUUCCGACACCGCUAUCAUCAUCGUGUCUCCUUGCGCGAGCCACGCGAGCGAACCACGUGUGCGCUCACGACUGGCGGAACUUCGCAUGAGGUCGAAAAAAUUGAGCACUGGACUGCAUUUUUUUUUUUACGUGCGAAAGAUGCUCGACACAAAAGAAAAAAAAAUGUAACACUUUUUGCAUUAAAAAGGAAUGUUUGCUUGACUUAAGUGGACAAUUUCAGGAUUUUUUCACCAACAAUAAAGCAGUAUUGGGUGUCUUCAAGUGCAGUAUGAAGCACAUUUUCAUAUUAACGUAACCAAGGCAGUGUUUCUUGGUUUUGGUGGAUACAAAUUUAGGGACCAUAUUAAGAAAGCUUUCUAGCUGUGUAUUUAAUGGAAAAUAAUGCUUUUUUUUGCCCCAGCAAUAGUGUUGUUGGGUGAUUAAAUGUUCUCGCUUUGAAAUUAAACGUUGACGGUGCUGUUUUUGUUUCAGGCACUUAUUUUCUGCUUGUAGUGUUCUUCAUGCCGAUGAUGUGGAGGCAUCCUGUUACUAUAAAACUGGUACAUAAUGCUCCUAACAGAUUCGGAUUUUUAAAUGUUCUUAUUUAAAGUGUAUUCAGAUGAAAAGAAUCAAAACUUUAAAAAGUUCUGCAACUUCAGUUUGAACACUUGAAGAUCAAUAACAGGCUUUCCAAGGUACAUUAUAGUUGAAGCCAUGUGUCGUCUGUAUGCCUCGUUGGGUGUCGUCUUAAGUUGUGACAUUUUCUGUAAUAUAUCUAAUAUAUUGUUUUGUUUCUCCUGGUUGCAGCUAAGGUGUACAUUGCGUAUACGAGAUAUAAGCUGCGCGCAAACCACUUAUGUUUGAUUCAAAUUGGAAAUCAGAUGCUUGAUGCAUCUGAAAAGAGAAGCAUAACUAAUUUGGGGGCACUUAAACAUCACGAACAUUGACCAUAGACGACAGCAGUGAGCAACCAAUCGCUGUUAUUUAGACCACACAAAUAGUAUGCACGUUGUUGUACUAUAGUCAGAUUACAAUCAGAACAAAUAAGGAUAGUUGUGUGUAAAUAAGUUUGUGGAAACAAUUGUGCUCUGUGCUAGUUAAACCAUGUUUAUUGUCUUGUUAUUUUUUACUUUAUUUUCCUGCUCUUGACAUAUGCCAUAAUGCUGCCAUUUUUGCAUGGGCUAUACUGUAGCGUUGAGCACACAAUUUGUGGCUGGUAGAAUACAGGCUUUUAGAGAUUGAUUGGUUGCUUUGGGAAGAAAAACUGUUAUGUAUACAUUCCUCAAGCCAUUAACAAGGAUAUUCUUAACUUCUCAAAGCUCUUUGAAAUUGUUGUUUUGCGCCAGCAUUGCUUUAGUGCGUGGUAGUUGCACUGCUGUUAUUAGAUUAUGGUAGCUUCAGUAUUGACUCUUAAUCACUAAAUUAACCAGCUAGAUGUCAACAGUAUUAAAAUGCUGUAAAAACUGCAUAACAUUUUUAUAUAAAUUGUGAUGUCUCUUGUACGUUUCUGCUUAUUGAAAUAAUUUUAUGUGUGCAACUGACAUCUCAGACCUAUCUUUUAAAAUAAGUUCUUGAAAUACAAGCUUUGAGGAUUACAGUUAAUCGGGCAGUGACAGCAGAAUUUCUGUAUAUUAUGAAUUUUUCGUACGUAAAGAAAAAAAGUUUGUACAUGUGAAGCUGCCUUGUAAAACCUCUGAAGCAGAAUUGUGAUUUCAGCAAAGCAGUGGUAUUUGCAGCUCUUGUCCAUUGCAGCUCUUGUUCAUUGCAGCAGUCACUAAAAUGUUUAACCUGAGCAGAUGUCAUGGAAGUGGUGUUUAUAAAUGGCUCAUUUAAUUGCGUCGUUGGUUGUGUCUGCGAGUUUCUAUUGUGACUCGUGAGGCAUUUGCACACUCAGUGCUGUGAUCAUUCUGCUCUCAUUUGGAGGGGUACCUUUGCGUGAUGAUGGCCGUCUUGUGGGUCCUGAAUAAGUCGAUUAAAUGCAGGGUUACAACCAGGCCAGAUUAGAAAUCUGCUUCACGACCAAUUUCCCUUAAAGUGAUAUUAACAAAAGCAAAAAAAAUACAUUUUUUUAAGUGUAUGCUUUUUGCCAGUUAAUCCAAAGAUUAACCAAAUUUAUGUUCAAUGGAGUUGGUGCGUCAUCAGAUUUCUAUUGGCCACGGUUAAAACUAUAAGCUUUAGCUGAAAGAUAAUAACGGACUUGUAAAACAAAAUAAGAUUAUAAACUAGUUGUAUUACAAUAUUUACUGUUGGUUUCCUGUUUCAUUCCAGUUAUUGCCAUUACUGUUUGUUCAUCUGUCAAUGUAGAAGAUACCUGAAAAGUUAACGUUAAGAUAUUUACAAGACCAUUUUAAAUAUUGGUCAUUCUGGUACAGUAGCAAUGUGAGGUUUUUUAUCAACUCCAUUAAAUUAUUAUUUCUAUCAUUUUUAAUAUCCCCGUUUUCAGUGUAAUGGUAAACUGUAAAUAUCUUAGCUUGUGUGGUGAAAAAGUGUUUGGUAAUUGAUUGCACCGAGUGUGAAACACGUAUGGAUGUGAAAGGAAAAUAAUGUACCAGUGGUGGAGGUUUAAUUUUGGGAUACAUCUUCCCAUGCUCAAACAUAAACUCAAGCCAAGAUCAGGAGAGGUGAGUACUGUACUGGGCAUGGUGCCUUCCGUGCAAGCCCCUACCGAAUCUAUUAAGUGUGGCAUUGUAAAGUUUAAAAUUACAUGCUCAGAAAUAGCAGGUAAAUGUGAAAGCAAUUCCCAAUUUCUUUCCAUUUUUAUUUACAAAGACAUCGGUUUUCAAAGGAUGUUGGCAUCAUCGAGUAAGGAAGAGGGUUUGGUUUAAGAUUUCUGACUUUGGGGUGACUAAGGUUCCGGAAGAGGGUUGUGGUUAGAAUGAGCACUAUGGUAAGGGUUAGAAUUAAAGUUUGAGCGAGAUUUGUGGUUAGUUGCGAUCAUUUAAGUGAUUUGUUAGGUUGAAGACUAGGGUUAGAUAUGGCUCAUGCAUGAUUUUCAAUACAAGCUUUGAGUCAGUGUCGCUCUUUCUCCAUCUCCUCUUUUAUGAGCAUUAGAGCAACACCUCCCACGCUGGCGGGGCGUGUGUUUGGCUUGGCUUUGGUCUUGUGAAUCCUCACUUUCCCACCACUGGUUGGUGAUGGGUUUUGCUGUGUUUCAUCCCAUUAGGUUUUAGCCGGCAUGAGACAACGCACUUCCGCCGUGCCCAUGUGUUCCUUGUACUUUAAUGUGGAUUUGUAUUCAACAUGAACAAAACCUCAAUAAAAAAAACCCCGAAAAUAA